AUGGCACCCAACGACCGUCUCUACACGGUUAACGCAAUCAUCAAGGACAAGAUCAUGGCAGACGGAACCAUGCGCUUCCGCGUCUCCUGGGAAAACUACGAUGCUGAGCAUAACUCCUGGGAGCCAACAUCCUCAUUCGAAACAUACGUAUCACUCCUGUCGGACUGGCUGGACCAGACGACAACCCAAAUCCCAGUUGCGGACGACAUCGAGCUCGUCAUCUCGGAGGCAUCAGAGGGAGGCUUCAUGGUCAAGCGAAUCGGCACUGAGCCACACGAGCACGAGUGGCUGCCGGAGCAAAUGAUACCGGGCAAUCUCAUUGACCAGAUGGAGAACUUCAACGAGGACCUUGAUACGAUCUCUGACACCAUGGAGACGGAUCAAGCUCCACCAGCUGCCAACGACCCCAGCAUACAAACGGCUGCCGCAACUACCGUACCUACUAUUGCAGCACCUCGAGCUGUCGUGCCUUCAAUGGCCUCGCCUUCAAAUUCAUCGCCCUCACUUGCUGCCACAACUCAGAAUGGAGACUCUGGUGACGAACCUUGGGAUGAUGACUCUACUCACCACGCGGCCCAAGAGCAGAACGAUGGAGACGAGGUCAUGGGCGCAACAGAGUCAGGUGUCCCCACAGCUAUGGAAGUAAUUCGAGAACAGGACGACAAUUCAGCAGCCGGCCUCGCCCUUGCGCAGAACGCAAAUGCCCAGCCUCCUGCUGAGCAGGAAGACAACGUCCCGGACAAUAUGCCAACAGACUUCAACAUGGUGUCAGCAGAUGACUACUUCGACUUCGAGACUGCCCGUGAGAACUGGCACCGCGAGAGAGUAGCGGCAGGUGUUACAGACACAGGCGUGUGCAUGGGCCAGCUCCAAGCCGGUCACACCGAAGAGACACACACCUGCGUGGACCCUGGCCACAACCACGCGGCGCUCUUUACGACAAGUUGUAAGCAGUGUGUCGCUAAAGCACACGGCUACUUUACACCAGAACACCGUCAGAUCUAUGACCCAGGUCUCUCUAUAGUCCUGCACACUGGCUGCAAUAUCGUGUGGCAGGACGUAGAAGGCCUCGACCACCUCUGCGGGUGCCAGUCUCUGCCAAGAUGCGGAGACUGUCACAUGAAGAAAGUGGCGGAGUUUGUCGGCAAGUUCCACGAGAUGAGGGCCAACGGGUACAAGGUGACGGAGUGUGUUCGAUGCAAGGCAGAGGUGCAAUUGGAGGGAGAAUUUGUCGUGCGCUGUGCCGUGUGCUUGGGUGUCAAGCGCUAA